AUGUUCGUGAUCAAGAAGCUGAUUGCUUUCCAGGAUGAAUAUGGAAACAAGUUCUUUGCGAACACGGAUGCACCAGAGUCCGCUCAGGGAGCUUCCAUUAAAGCAUACCCGUCAUUUGACGACUUGACGAAGGAUGAGAAUGCAACAGAAGUAACCAUUGCACAGCUUUUACCUCCUCUGCCGAACGCCAAUCUCCCAAUUUACUGCGUUGGGCUCAACUACGGAAGCCAUGCGAAAGAGGCCAAAAUCAAUGUGCCUGCGAAUCCUCCACUAUGGACAAAACCACAAUCCGCAUUGGCAAACCCCGGCGCUGCCAUCCCGAUGAGUCGAUUCUGUGCCUCACAUCUUCCAGAUUGGGAAGGCGAAUUGGUCUUUGUCACUUCUCGCGAAGUGCGUAAUAUCACCGCCGAAGAAGCCUCGUCCUGUAUCCUUGGAUACACAAUUGGAAAUGACCUAUCGUGUCGGUUCUUCCAACUUCCUGAACAGUCAGGAGGACAAUUCUUCUACGCCAAGGCCUUUGACAAGUUUGCUCCCAUCGGACCGGUCCUUGUGAGCUCAGAAAGCUUCGACAGGACGAAGAAAGGUGCUCGCUUGAUUACUCGCGUUAACGGGGAGAUCAAGCAGAACACGUUCAUUGAAGACGACAUGAUUUUCAGCCCCGCCAAAAUCCUCAGCUGGAUGAGUCAAAGUACAACAAUCCCCGCAUACACAGCUGUGAUGACAGGAACACCGGCUGGAGUCGGCGCAUUCCACAGCCCACGACAGUUCUUAAAGGAUGGAGAUUCGGUUGAAGUCGAGAUUACCGGGAUUGGCACGUUGAGGAACGAGGUCUUCUUUGAGAAUGGACAGGACUCCACAAUGUGA